AUGGCGCAUUCGACAGUGCCACUUCUAAUGAUGCUUUUUCUAUGUACUCUAUCCAGCAACUCGUCAUUCCAGCCUGCUCUAGUAUUAGAAAUGGCCAAGAUUCUUUUGGAAAACUACUGCUUCCCUGAGAACCUGGUUGGGAUGCAAGAGGCCAUCCAACAAGCUAUCAACAGUGGAGAAAUCCUACAGAUUUCAGAUAGGAAGACCCUGGCAACUGUGCUCACAGCUGGAGUACAAGGAGCACUGAAUGAUCCUCGGUUGACCAUUUCCUAUGAGCCUAAUUUUGUCCCAGUGAUGCCACCAGCUCUGUCAUCUCUUCCAAAAGAACAGCUGAUCCGGCUGGUGAAAAACUCUGUCAAGUCGGAUAUCUUGGAAAACAAUGUUGGCUAUCUACGGAUAGAUCGGAUCAUUGGAGAGGAAACAGCAGUAAAGUUUGGCUCUCAGCUCAUGGAAAGUAUCUGGGAUAAAAUUGCUCACACAUCCUCACUAAUCUUUGACCUAAGGUACAGCACAGCUGGAGAGCUCUCUGGAGUUCCUUUUAUUAUCUCCUAUUUCUCAGACCCCGAGUCCCUUAUUCAUAUUGACACUGUAUAUGACAGGCCUUCAAAUUCAACCAAGGAGCUAUGGACCAUCCCAUCUAUAGUGGGGGAAAGGUAUGGAAAGGAAAAAGAUGUCAUUAUUUUGACCAGUAGACACACAACCGGGGCUGCUGAGGCAGUGGCAUAUGCUCUAAAAAAACUUAGGAGGGCCAUCACAGUUGGAGAAAGGUCUGCUGGUGGGUCGGUGAAAGUCCAAAAAAUUAGGAUUGCUCAGUCAAAGUUCUACAUAACAGUUCCUGUGGCAAGAUCUGUCAGCCCAAUUACAGGUCAGAGCUGGGAGGUGACUGGUGUUUCCCCAAAUGUCCACGUCAUUGCCAAGGAAGCUGUUGCAAAAGCCAAAUCACUUCUGGCUAUAAGGAAUUCUAUUCCAAAGGUUGUCCAAAGAGCUGGAGAUUUGUUAGAAGAUCACUACGCAAUCCAUGAAGUCGCGCUAAAGGUUAGCAAGGUGCUGGUAAGUAAAUGGGCUGACGGAUUAUACCGAUCGGUGGUUGACUUUGAGUCUUUGGCAUCACAGCUGACAGCAGAUCUCCAAGAGACUUCAGGUGAUCACCGACUGCAUGUUUUCCACUGUGAUGUUGAGCCUGAGUCACUUCAUGAACUUCCAAAGAUUCCUACAGCAGAGGAAGUGGGCUAUAUAAUUGAUGCUCUUUUUAAAAUUGAGCUUCUGCCAGGUAACAUUGGCUAUUUAAGGUUUGAUAUGAUGGCAGACAUAGAAGUGGUAAAAGCCAUCGGGCCCCAUCUUAUAAAAUCUGUUUGGAGCAAGAUAAUGAACACAGAUGCCCUCAUAAUUGAUAUGAGGUACAACACUGGUGGUUAUUCAACCGCUAUUCCACUUUUGUGUAGCUAUUUCUUUGAUGCAGAACCUUUACACCAUCUUUACUCUGUUUUUGACCGAACGACAAACACAAUGACAGAAGUCAUGACAAUUCCACAGGUGAGGGGUCAAAGAUAUGGAUCCUCCAAGGAACUAUUCAUCUUGACCAGUCAUAUGACUGGAUCAGCAGCCGAAGUAUUCACUCGCACAAUGAAGGACCUAAAUCGGGCCACAAUUGUUGGCGAGCCAACAACUGGUGGGUCUUUAUCAAGUAGAACGCAUCAGAUCGGAGACACUGUCCUGUAUGCGUCCAUUCCUAACCAAGCUGUUUUUAGUGCCAUCACUGGAAAAAUGUGGAGCUUUUCGGGGGUUGAGCCCCAUAUUGCUGUCCAGGCAAACGAGGCUCUAUCUGUAGCUCAGAAAAUCCUAGAGUCAAGGUUGCUGAAGAGAGUGCAAGGAAAACAAUAA